AUGGUACCCAAUGCGCCUCACCUGCCAUCGCGGUUCCCAUGCUGGUGCCGCGCGGUUUAUUCUUGGGGAGGAGAGACAAAUCGAGAUCUGGGAUUUGUGGAAGGCGACUUGAUUGAAUGUCUCAAUGCUGGCGACGGACAAUGGUGGAUGGGUCGUCUGCGUCGUGACAAGCGGGCGGUUGGACUGUUCCCAUCUAACUUCGUGGAACUGAUGAGCGAGGACUUCGUGCCCGUGAGUCGAGACACGAGUCCUAUGGUUCAAGCAGGCUCGUCGCCAAUCCAUAAUCCCACUUCUGCUCCCAAAAAACAGAAGACAGUAUUCCGGAAGCCGUUCCAAGCUCACAAAGAAGCCCUGUCUCCCGCUUCGAACCUGGCCCGGAGCAGAUCGAAUACUCCGGUCACCAGCUCAAUUCCACAAACUCCCCCUCGAGGUAUUGGUGGUACGCCCCAGAGUGUGAAGCCUUUGCGUACACAUGCAUCUGCAGUUAAAAACCAAGGAUCGGUUUCAUCCCGUCCCUCCUCCGCAUCCCGACCGUCCUCGUCGCGUGGUGUCUCACCUCGUACAUCCGUGGAGCCUGAACGAUCGCCCUCGCAUAUGAUGGCUCGCGGCAGCAUAUCCUCGUCGCUUCCCUCCUCAAGAGACGUCUCCCCUCUGCCCAGGGAAUCUCCUGUGCCUCGGGAAUCUCCCAUGGCCCGGGAGAACUCUCGAUUAUACCACCAAAGUCCGCAACCUCAACGCCAGCCUUCUCCCCAGCCGUACCGUACAGCAUCGCAAUUGCCUCAUCGUGGCAGCUCACCUAUGCCUUAUCAUUCCCCUUCGACUGUGCAGCACCGGCCAGUGUCACCAAUGUACUAUGAUGAUCCUCAAAUGCACCAUCGCCAGGUUUCUCCAAUGCCUCAUCGUGCAGUUUCCCCGAUAUAUCGUCCAGAAGAUAUCCCGAUGCAUCGUGAGCCCUUUCCAAUGCCUCACCGAGCCCCUUCUCCGAUGUACCAUCGCGCCCCUUCUCCAAUGAACCAGCGUGCUCCUUCUCCAAUGCACCAGCGUGCUCCUUCUCCAAUGCACCAUCGUUCUCACUCCCCAAUUCCACAGCGAUCUGUUUCUCCAAUGCCAAAUCGCUCUGUAUCGCCCAUGUAUCAUCCUGAACCCCCACAGCAUCGCCUGCCUUCCCCACUCCCAUAUCAGCCUCUUUCUCCGAUGCCACAUGAUUACUCUGGCAUGGAUAUACAAGAUCAAGCCGACUCUCCUCCUCCUCCGCCUCCGCCACAUCGCGUAGCCCUCGGCCGUCCGAGAUCGCAUUCACCUCAGCCACCUAUGCCACCACCGCAACAGCAGGGCUUCCUACCUUCACCUCAACCUGCGACUCAUGCACCUCGACCAUCGCGCUCACCCACUCCUUUGAAUAUGAACGAUCGCUAUGUCAUUUUCUCCCGCACUCCAUCACCGGGGGCAAUGUCCACCCGUUCCGCACAAUCGGAUAUCAACGGAAAUACACCCUCUCCUCUGCGAGAUGCAAUGGAGGAUGUGAUGACAUCUUUGGAAGACAUGGGCUUGCCGCGCGAUCCUCCUUCCCCAUCACCACAUCCAGGAUCAACGCGUUCACCCGCGCCAGCAUUUAACAAUCCCUGGUCGGGCGAUGAGUUUGAUAACAUGGAGGAUAAAACACCGCCUGCACGAAGACGCCGCCCCUUAACUUCCUUAGGUUUCGAUGGUUAUAAACAGCCAGCUCGUGGUGAGUUGGUCCACCGGAACAGCGUUUAUUCUCACGAUCACUAUAUGGAUGGCCCGCCUCAAUUGAACAACUAUGUUCAAAGGAUGGAGAGUCGACUUCGUCAAUUGGAAGAUCAAAAUCGACCGACCGAUGAGAAUGAAGCUGGAGGUGAUGAUCAGCCACCUCCACCACCUCCAAAGCAUGCUGCUACAUAUCAUCCGCGUCACAAUUCAAUUCCAGCCCAGUAUCCCCAUCUCAAAAGCCGCCGCUCUGGACAAGAUCUUCGAAUUGAUAAACUGAACCGCACAUUUACGAAUAAAUCAAGUGCCACAUCUUCUACGGGCGUGCAGAGUGUUGGCACCAAUGUAACAUCGAGCACUGAUAAGACAAGUCAAAGCUUUAUGAGUGGGGUGUCCGCCGGCGGUUUUAGUGCGACCAGUGCAGGGAGUUAUGCCCGACGAAAUGGUGCAUAUGAGAGACCAAACACAGCCAUGGAUACCUUUAGGUCUCGUGGAUUUAGCGACGCAGGCCAUAUGGACAGGCCUGAAUCUCCCAUGACAGGAGUUUCAUACCAUUCCAGUCAUAAUACAUCACGACAAGGGGCCUCAUCUGCUAUUCCAUGGUCAUCUAACGAUAACGACGUCGGUGAUUCAGGUGGUGUAUUCGGCGGACUCUCCACCCCAAAGAGCAAGAAACAGGGGUUCUUCAAGAAGAUUUUUGAGUCCGCCAAAACAGGCGCCGCGAGUGCUCGAAGCAGUAUCCACGGUGGCUCUCAGUCACCUACCAAAGGUAACAGGGUGAUGGAUGUUGUAUCACCUCUGCUCACGUCUCAUUCGAACCGCGAUACGAACCGUGACACUGAAGUCAAUACCAGUGCUAUUGACUGGGUUCAAGUACGUCGCGAUGUCAACCGAGCAUCAUCCCCCAGUCGAAAUGAGAGGAUCGAGCGAGCCGAACGAUGCCAGAUGAUGGAUCAUCCGGUCAUCUAUGCUGUUGAGGAGCUCUACGAUACAGCGGAGGGCGAUGAGAGUAUUGAUGGACUGCCAAUCAGCGAACCUGCCAAUUUCAAUGCCGGUAAUUUGACCUUGGUUGACAAGAGCGCCCGAUUCAUAAACAGUGUUCCACCAAUGACCAACCCAACGACUCUGGCUCAAGGCUAUAUUUGCCGGCCUUACAAGAGCGAUGUCCAACGCCUUCGAGCUAUCUUCACCUGGGUCAGCGAAAAGAUCGCUUGGGAGGAACCCCUCGAUGGGCUUGAGGUAGAUAUGAAGAGGGUUCUUCAUGCCAAACGGGGUAGUCCCCAGGAGAUUGCCAUCCUCGUCAAUGAUAUGUGUGCUGCGGUCGGACUUCACUCUGAAGUCAUUCACGGCUUCCUGAAAAGCCCGGGAGAUACUUUGGAUCUAGAAAGCUUGUCUCGUCCCAAUCACUGGUGGAAUUCGGUGCUCGUUGAUGGGGAAUGGCGCGUCAUGGAUUGUGCAUUGGCGAAUCCCACAAGCCCUCAAAGAACUAAAUUUGUCACCAACAAUUCGUCUACUGCAGAAAGCUGGUACUUCCUUGCACGCCCUCUUGAGAUUUGCUAUACACAUGUUCCACUUUAUCCUGAAGAACAACACAUCUGCCCUCCUGUGUCACCAGAUGUUCUUCUCGCUCUCCCGACAGUGUGUCCACAAUAUUUCAAGCUGAACACUCAGUUUCCUGACUAUGAUACGAGCUUGAUCCGAAUUGAUGGACUCGAGUGUAUGCAAAUUUGUCUCGUCGUUCCUCCAGAUGUCGAGUGUGCUGCCGAGGUAGAAGCCCCAGCAUUUGCCUGCGACGCAGAUGGUGAUUACUUUGAGAGUGGUGAUAUUUUGCGUAAACGCGCUCUGGUUCAGCCAGACUGGGUCGGUGGUCAGAAGCGAAUUACUGUCAAGGCUGUUCUACCCGGAGAUGAAGGACAGGGUGUGUUGAAGAUUUAUGCUGGCAAGAAGGGUCUGAUGCACACAAGUAAAGACAUUCCACACCCGCUAGCAUUGGCUCUGCCAAUACUACACACUGGAGAGAACCCGCCGUACGAUUUUGUCCUCCGCCAUCCUACGCCACAUGCCCAGCGCCAUGAUCUUUACAUUAUGCAACCUCAGUGCUCGCGGUUGGCUGUCAAUAACACGUUUGUUUUCGCUGUUCGCCAACACCCUUCAUCGCCACAGUCUGCGGGCAAGGACGACUUUCCCAUCCAGGGUCGUGCCUCUCCCUCGGUUUUCAAUCGACCUUCCAGUGCCUUGAGCAUGGUGUCAAGUACUGCAGGAGCCUCGACUGUGUCCAGUGCUUCGAAUGAAUUCUCUGCAUCGACCUCUGCCAUCUCGUCGACUCGUUCUGCCAGUGGCCGAGAGAAGCCGGCUAAGCUGGCAAUCCAGUCUCCUUCCGGAAAGAUCAUGCGUCUCAGUCGCAAGGCUGACCACAUGAUCUCUCCUGAAAAUCCAUCUGACUCUAUCCGAGAUGGCGCAGCUGAAGGCAGUGUAUGGGAGACUGUGAUCAAGAUUGGCGAGCGCGGUACCUGGCGUGGUCUCGUCCUGGCUGAUCGAGUAGCACGCUGGUGUGUCUUUUGUGAAUGGGAAUGUGUCUGA